AUGGGACGCUAUCAAUGGUCUCUUUGGACGCUCUGUGGAUUCGGUUGGCUUGCUGAUCAAAUGCUCUUGCAGAUGCUUGCUCUGAUUCAGACUCAAGCACAAGCCGACCUUGGAUACAGCACAACCAAGGCUGGUGGUAUCACAUCGUGCUAUUUUGCUGGUCUUGCAAUCGGCGCGAGUUUCUGGGGUAUCAUGUCUGAUGUAUGGGGUCGUAAGCCAGCCUUCUUGUGCACACUAUCUACUGCUGGCCUCUUUGCAAUCUUCCUUGGUGCGCAGGCCAACUACGCUGGACUUUGUGCAAUGGCUGCAUUGAUGGGCACAGGUACCGGUGGCAAUUUGCCUCUUGACGGGGCCAUCUUUCUCGAAGCAUCGCCAGGUAAUGUUCAACGCAUGCUGAUGCUUCUUUCCGUCUUUUGGAGCAUUGGUCAAUUGAUUGCAAGUUUGGUUGCUUGGGGCUUCAUUGGGUAUCCAGUGGACCAGUCCUGGCGCUACACUUGCUACACCCUUGGCUGCAUCGUUAUUUUCAUGUUCAUCUGUCGCUUCCUCUUCCCCUUUGAGGAGAGCCCUAAGAACUUGUUGGCAAAUGGUAAGCCCACACAAGCUAUUGCCAAUCUCAACAAGAUUGCAAAGCUCAAUAAAAGACCUGAGCGUAUUGAGAUUGGAGACUUGAACUUGACGGAGAACAGUCUGGGUUCAAAAUCCUUCUCAGGUACCGACGUCACGACAAUGGACAUUUUGCGUGCAAAUUUCAGGGACUUUGACUUUCAGCGAGUCAAAUCACUCUUUGCCACGAAAAAGAUGGCAGCGACGACUAUCAUCGUUUGGCUGCUUUGGAUCUUCAUUCAAGUGGGCUACUCAUCAUUCAACGCCUUCCUUCCGCGUUACUUGCAAGAAAAGGGUGUUGGCGCAGGCAAGACCAUUGAUGAGACGUAUCUGGAGUAUGUCAUCAUUUCGGUUUGUGGAUUGCCGGGUUCGUUCCUUGCACUUGUGAUGGUCGAGAUUCCUUAUGUUGGCAGGAAAGGUACCAUGGCUAUAGGCGCUGCUGUUGGAGCAGCAAGUCUCGCCCUGUUUGCCAAGCUUAAGUCUAGUGGUGGUCAGCUCGCAGCAGCGUGCAUACAGUCAUUCAUUCAGAAUGGUCUAUUCUAUGCCGUUCUCUACGCCUACUCACCGGAAGUCUUCCCGACCGCCGUUCGCGGCACAGCCGUGGGUCUUGCGAGUAUGCUUGCCCGUGUCUUUGCUGUUUGGGUACCUGUUUCAACAGGUGCUUUACUCGAAGUCUCCACGGACCUACCGCUCAUUAUUGCGGCUGUCUUCUUUGGACUUCUUGUGCCACUCAGUUUGGCAUUGCCUAUAGAGACGAAGGGCAGACAAGCCCUUUAG